AUGGACAUUGAUCCUCCAAGUGUCGUUCCCACUGUUGAACGCUCUCCCUCACCCGAGGUUCCGCAGUACUGUCAACUAGAAAAGGCUCAGUCAGUCAUUGCCGAAAGACUAGCACAAGUUCAGUGGCGUUCGGGGGAAUCCUUUCAACCUCUCAUCUCCGUCAGCACAUUUCACGAUGUUGAUAGCCUUUCGGACGAUCUCCUUGAGGACCUGUGCGACCAGAUGGAAGCUAUGUUUCAUGACAUGGCCGAAGAUGAGCAUAAGGGCUUGAAGAUGCAGGGUGUAGACUCCACAUUCGGGUCAAAAACGUUGCGUAAGUUCUACGGAAGGAAUGAGUGGUACACCAAUUUCGGAAUCGAUGAUAUCUUGCUUUCGGUGUCAGCUUUCAUCCGAAAUUGUGUGAAUCUGGGGAUUGGAAUGUCUGACCCCAUACCAAACUCGUUUGUUUACCGAACCCUAGCUGCUGGUGACAACUGGAACCCAUACAUACCUGGAGGUACGCCAUGGCCUUCUCUGGGCAAGGACGGGCAAUGGAGGAAAGAGAACACAGUUGGGGUUCUGAUGUCGAGCUCCCAUUUUGAGACACUGGUAAUCUUUGGGCCACAGAAGCUGGUGUUGAUGUAUGAUGGGGCAGGGGGGACUUAUGAUUCGGGAGAACAGAAGAAGCAAUGGUCACGCCUGCUAGAACGCCGUUUGUCCUGGGAAGUCAGAAAAGGCAUAGCAACAGAGGCUGAAGCUAUGGGUUGGUUGAUUGCUCCAAAUUCUCAGGCUACCAGGGAUAACCUGGACUGGGUUACACAAGUGGACUCACACAGCUGUGGUCCUCUAGCAUGUGCCGCUGCAUGUCUUCUUCUCCAGGGAAUCAGACCGACUGCUUCUGUGCUUGGGGUGAAAUCAUCAACUCUGGCUAGAGGUGAGAGUAGAAAACUACGAACAAGUGUGCUUCAACUGGUGCUUGCAAUGGCUGCACGGGAUCCAGCAAAUGAGUCUAUAUUCAGUCCGAAAGUGAAAAAAUUGAUGGACAAGUCUGUACCUUCCAUGACUUACUACAUAGAUCGCCUGUAG